UAAAGCAGCAGUACCACUAAGUCUAGGAUGCAAAGAAAUAUGACGAUUACACAUCUUAUCACAUUUCUUCAAGUCUUGUCAUCUUGUAAAUAAGAAGCGGAUAAAGCCAUCAAGAAACCCUCAAACUGAAGAAACGUAGCAUCCUUCUUGCCUAUCAGCAAAAUGCUGGAGCUGAACUGUUCCCUCGCAGCUCUUUUCACAACUGCUGCCACAGUUUUCACUGGCACAGGCUGCCCUGAGGCUGCGGUGGUGUGUGGGAUGAAUAUCUCCUGGUUGUUGGCCAAUGCUACUGAACAAGAUCUGGAUGACGUGUGUUUGAGGGAGGAGGAGUACCUGGCCAGGUACCUGGGGCCUCCAAGGUCCCCUGUGUUUCUUCCCAUCUGUAUCACCUAUCUAACCAUCUUCAUGGUGGGCGUCCUGGGCAAUUCUCUGACUUGUGUGGUCAUUUUGCACUACAAGGCGAUGCAGACACCCACCAACUACUACCUGCUGAGCCUGGCGGUGUCUGACCUGCUGGUGCUGCUGUUGGGCAUGCCCUUGGAGCUCUAUGAGAUGUGGCAGAACUACCCCUUCCUGCUCGGUGAGGGGGGCUGCUACUUCAAAACCUUCCUGUUUGAGACCGUCUGCUUUGCCUCCAUCCUCAAUGUCACAGCACUCAGCGUGGAACGCUAUGUGGCAGUGGUCCACCCCCUGGAAGUCAAACACAUGACCACGCGUGCUCAUGUCAAGAGGGUCAUCUUCAUGCUGUGGGUGUUGUCCAUGCUAUGCGCUGUGCCAAACACCAGUCUGCAUGGGACUGUAAUGUUGCCACCAAGGUUUGGACGACAUUUUCCUCGAUCUGCUAUCUGCCUUGUGAUCAAGCCCAAAUGGAUGUACAACCUGAUCAUCCUGAUUUCCACGCUGGUCUUCUUCCUGCUCCCCAUGCUGAUAAUUACCAUCCUCUACCUGCUCAUUGGCCUGCAGCUGCACAGGGACAGGAUGAUGAUGGUGGUGGACACGAGGUGUAGCUUUGGAUUGGAAAGUUUCUCCCAGUCUUGCAGGCAGAAACUGAACAAACGCAACAUGCAAGUCACCAAAAUGCUUUGUGUGUUGGUGGUUGUGUUCGGCCUCUGCUGGGCUCCCUUCCACGUGGACCGAUUAAUGUGGAGCUACAUUGACACCUCAUCCAAGCAGCACCACAAGAUCUUCGAGCACGUCCAUGUUGUGUCGGGAGUCUGCUUUUACCUGAGCUCUGCCAUCAAUCCCAUCCUUUAUAACCUCAUGUCCUCCAGGUUCAGAGAAAUGUUCAGUCACAUAACAUGUUAUUCUAAACUGGAGUGGCCAAUACACUCCAGUUUACAAAUGAGCCAACGUAGCACACUGAGCAAGAGUAUACCUGAUAUUAUGAAAUAGGAAGGAAGAACUGAAUAAACAAGUAGAGGAAUGCAACAAAUACAAAAGAAUCUUUGUCAGAAGUCGGACAGUGGUAUGAAUCAUAUCCUGUGGCCUACAUAAAUGCCAGAUCUGGUCCAAAACUUAAGGGACAUUUUGGGCCAAACACCACCACUGCUUAAAGCUUAAUUAACUAAAUGAGCAUUUGUUUAUUAUGUUCACUGA